AUGUAAAAAUCACGAUACCCUAAUACAACUCCACAAUAUUUGGUCAUAAUUACAAAAAUCAUCUUUCUCCUGAGAUGUGCAUACCCUAGUUUAACCUCACGUAUAUCCUAAACAAUGAAAAGCAUGUGAAGUGUCUGGUUCCCAAGCUCCAGGAAAGAGCCGUAGCUCCUCCGCCUACUCUUCUCUCAUGUGACUCGAAGCCCGUCGAUUUCCCUGUUCGGCCGGGCCUAGGGAAGCCAGCUGGCUAGUGUUCCUUCUCCCGUGCCCUUCCAGGAAUCCAAUCUGCUUUACCCACCACAGUGGCAGCCACGCCUCACUGCAAAUCAAAAUUUUUAGUUGUGGCAAGUAUGCGCUCUGCUAGGCUUUUCCUUCCCUAGCCUUCCGUCUCCAUGUCGUGGUUCCUGCUGGAUCUAAUUCUCAUUUUGGCAUCAGGGAAGUUUUCUUACUUCCUUUUGUUGACGUGUUCUCUUUUUCAUUGUAGUUUUUUUUUUUUUUUGCUCCAUGGCUGCUCCGCGAUUGUUAGAUCCUAAUUUUUUUAACGGGAAAAUGUUUACUCGAUCUUUUAAAGAUGCUUUACAUGGAUUAUCUUCUUCGUCUUCUAAUUUUUCUGAUCUUAAAAUUACUUCUCUCCGUGGUUUACCGGCCUUGUGGAUUUCAGAGGAGGAAGUUCUGGCACUUGUUGCCCCCCUUGAGUUCGCUUUGGUAGGUAAAUUUUCAUCUCGUCGCCUUUCGGUUUGAUGUUACCAGGAAAUUCUUUUUUAAUCUCAAACUUAUUGGCCAAUUUUUUGUGACUGUUCUUAAUCUUAAACAUGUUUUGAUUAAGCUUGAAAAUGACCUUGAUUACUGUAGGGUUUUUGCUCAUAGAUCCUACUUUGUGAACAGUUGUUUCAUGAAAAUUUUCAAAUGAUCCCCUUUGUUUGAUAUUGAAGUUGAAUCUCCCAUUAUUCUUAUUUGGGUGUCAUUUCCCAACCUUAGACCUCAUUUGUUUUCUACUCGUAUCCUGCAUGGUCUCGCUUCUAUCUUCGGCAAGCCUCUUAAGAUUGAUAAUGCUAUGUCUACUAUUACCCGCCCCUCUGUUAUGCGAUUCCUUAUCGAGUUAGACAUUACCAAACAUUAUCCUGAUAAAGUUUGGGGAUGCCCUGAGGGCUUGGGUUACAUUCAAUCGGUUAUCUUUGAUGAAUUUCCUCCUUAUUGUCCUCAUUGUAAAUCACUAGGUCACUCAAAAUUGAAGUGUGACAUACUACAUCCUCAUUCUAUUCCUAAUGCUAAGGUGGUUAAUGUUGUUUUGGGGGUGAGCUUGGUAAUGUUUCGUCUGACAAUCCUGGUGGCAUUGGCCCUGAGGCUUUGGUUGAUUCGUCCAUACCUGUGUCGUUGGACCCUGUUCUUGCGGAUGAUGUUAAUUGGCCAUAUUUCCAUGGAUGUUGUUGUUAUCGAUUCAUCUCUGGUUUUGGGGGAGGAUGUCCCUGGUGUUGAUUUGGACUUGGAUCAGGAUCUUGGUCCUACUAAUGCUUUUGUGGGUAAUGAUUGUGAUCUUGUGAACAUGAUGGAUGUUAAUGUCCAUGGUUCAGAUAAUUUAGAUAUGGUUAAGGCAAAUUUAGAUGGAAAGGAGGUUAUUGUGGCUUAGACUAUUGAUCAUAACCUUUGCCAGAUUAAUCUGGAAGCUAUUCCUUUCGUUUCUCCUGUUGCAACUGUUGUUCAUAAUACUGGUGAUGCUCAGUUUUUUUUAUUUGCAUGCUCAUUUAGACCCUGGUGACCGUAGCUGUGUGGUCACUAAUGAUUUGAAUAAUCCUACUCUCUUUUGUAGGCUUUCUGAGGGUGAUGAUCCCUUAGGCUUUGACAUGCCUCUUGUUGAGGUGCUUAUCUCCGUUAUUUCUAAGGAUGGUAUAUUAACUAACCUUGCUUGUAAAUCGAAGGAUAAUAUGGUUUUGCAGGGUGACUGGUUAAAUGAUGAUAAUUUCUCAUAUGGUGGUGAGGGAUUCAUUGAGGAUGCUUUGACGUCUCAGGAUAACUGGUUGUGGGAUUUCUGUGGCUUUGAUGGGGUUGGUUUUCAACACGCCUCACUGGAUGGCCAUGGCUUAUUGGCAACCAUGGUGGCUAUGUUAUUGGCUCGCUCUCUUUUACUUUCCUCCUUAGGACGGGCCAAGCGUGGCAACCAGAAUACUGGACAAAAAGGCAGCAGCUGUAGACUUUAUUAAUGCACGGCUCCGCGAAACUCCACAGACCCAAAUAUGGUGAGCCAACUCAAAGAAAGCCUAAUUUUGCUUUUUUUUUUUUAUUUUUUCUUUUAGAU